CGAAAAGUAGGUACAGUCAAAAUUCAACAGUGCUUUCCGCGACUUGGCGUUGCAAGGUGAAAGUAAAAAUCGCGAAAUCUUCGUUAGUGAAAUUAUUUUUACCCAAGUUGUGAAAAAAAAAGAAAACGGGAAAAAAUGAGUAAUUCGGACGAUAUCGUUAUUUCUGGCAUUUCUGGCGUGUUUCCAAAAAGUGAAAAUGUGGAAGAAUUCAAGAAUAAUUUAUUGGCUGGAAAUGAUAUGAUUUCAUCAUCAUCUGAGAGACACAACAAAAAAGGCUUGAACGCUGGAUUAUUAAAAACAAUCGAUCAUUUUGAUUAUUCUUUUUUUCGCAUAAAUAAUAAUCAUGCCCAAAGUAUGACAUAUUCGGCGAAAAUAUUGCUGGAAAAAACCUUCGAAGCGAUUCUCGACGCAGGUUACAAUCCUCAAGAAAUAAAAGGGGAAAACAUCGCUGUUAUUGGUGGCGUAUGGGAUCUCAAUGAUGAAGGCGAUCCAGCAAAGUAUAAGAAAACUGAAACGUAUUUAGGAUUCGCAGGCAAAAUGGCAUUCAUGUUGACGAACAGAAUUUCGCAAUGGUUGGAUGUUCAUGGACCAAGCUAUUCCGUGAAUACAGCUUGCUCAUCCUCAAUGUACGCCAUUGAUCACGCAAUUAAAACUAUUCAACGAGGACAAUGCGAAGGAGCAAUCGUGUGCAGCUCAAAUUUUUGCUUAACCCCCACAGAAUACUCACCCUCUACACCAUUUCUCAGCCCAGAUGGGACAAGUGCACCAUUUGAUGUAGAUGCAAACGGUUAUGUGAGAUCUGAAGCAGUAGUCGUAGUUUUUUUGCAAAAAAGAAAACACGCGAGACGGAUUUACUCAACCAUCAUUCAUUCGUCAACCAAUUCCGAUGGAUUUCAAGAAAAUGGAUCAGGUUUUCCAUCGAUCAAAGCACAAAUAAAUCUAUAUCAACAAUUUUACCAAGAAAUUAGCCUGGAUCCCCGAAGGAUUUCUUAUAUCGAAGCUCAUGGUACUGGAACUCGGGCAGGAGAUACUGCGGAAGGAACAUCCAUCGAUAAUUUUUUCUGCGCGAAUCGUGCAACUCCAUUAAAGGUGGGAUCAGUCAAAUCGAACAUGGGACACGCUGAGGCGGCAGCAGCUUUAUGUAGCAUAAUCAAAUUAAUCAUAGCUUUCGAAACUGGAACGAUUCCUGCCAAUCUACGAUACAAUAAACCAAAUCCCGACAUUAAGGGUUUGAUUAAUGGACAUCUCGAGGUUAUUUUAUAA